AUGACAUUAGUAAAUUUAUCAAGAACUAGGCUUCCUUCAUUAAUUAGACAAGGUUUAUCGCCUUUGAGAAUUUCUAGCGUAAAUACGUUUAGAAACUUUAGUCAAACUAUACCAAAAUGUCAUGCUUCCCACCUACCUUCUUUAAACACACUUACUGAAGAAGAAGAACUACUUCGUGAUUCAGUCGCGCGAUUUGCACAAGACAAAAUAUUACCAAAAGUAAAAGAGAUGGAUGAGAAGGAAAAGAUUGAUCCAUCGGUCCUUAGUGGUCUUUUUGAACAGGGUCUUAUGGGAAUCGAAACAGAAUCUAAAUAUGGUGGUGCUGAAUCUUCUUUUUUGGCUGCUAUUUUGGUUGUUGAAGAAUUGGCCAAAGUUGAUGCUUCUAUCAGUGUAGCUUGUGAUGUUCAGAAUACACUUGUCAACACAUUAUUUAAUAAAUAUGCUAACGAAGAUUUAAAAGCAAAAUACUUGCCACAACUUGCAACUGAAAAGGUUGGAUGUUUCUGUCUUUCAGAAGCUAGUGCUGGUAGUGAUCCAUUUGCUAUGAAAUCACGUGCUGAGAAAAAGGAUGGAUACUAUGUUAUUAAUGGGUCAAAAAUGUGGAUUACAAAUUCAAAUGAAGCUGAAAUAUUUUUAGUUUUUGCAAAUUUGGAUCCAUCAAAGGGUUAUAAAGGUAUUACUUGUUUUGUUGUAGAUAAAGAAAUGGGCGUUGAAAUUGCAAAGAAAGAAUCCAAACUUGGUAUUAGAGCUUCUUCAACUUGUACAGUAAAUUUUGAUGCAAUCAAGGUUCCUGAAGGAAAUGUAUUAGGAGAAUUAGGAAAAGGUUACAAGUAUGCUAUUGAGAUAUUGAAUGAGGGACGUAUUGGAAUAGCAGCUCAAAUGAUAGGGAUUGCACAAGGAGUGUAUGAUCACGCAUUACCUUAUUUAUUCCAAAGGGAACAAUUCGGUCAACUUAUUGGCGACUUUCAGGCUGCCAGAUUACUAACAUAUAAUGCGGCUAGAAUGAAACAAGAAGGAAAAGCCUUUAUUAAAGAAGCUGCAAUGGCUAAAUUGUAUUCUUCUCAAAUAGCAGAAAAGGCUGCGUCUAAAUCUAUCGAGUGGAUGGGUGGUGUUGGAUUUACUACAGAAUUUCCAGUUGAGAAGUAUUACAGAGAUGCAAAAAUUGGUGCAAUUUAUGAGGGAACCUCAAACAUUCAAUUAGUCACAAUCGCCAAAGAAAUUAAAAAGAAAUAUACAUCAUAA